UAUGCGUUGGCUACCCUAUAAUGCCAAAAGAUAAGAGAGGAUGGACUCUGAACAGUGCUGGUUACCUACUUGGACCUCAUGCUCAUCGAACACUGAAUGAUAAAGGUGGAAUAGCAGGAAAAAGGGAGGUGGUGGAUGAACUAUUCAAGUCCGGAAGAGAUAUAUAUGGCAUUCAGCAGAAUUCUUUGGAUGAUAGCACAGUUCAGACUGUUCUUGAGUUUCUUGCAUAUUUACGUCUCAAAGAAAUUGGAGCUCUAGACCAUUUGGCUUUACUCAUCUCAGAGGAGUCUACACAGUCUACUUAA